AUGCCAAGGACUUGGACGGACACCUCUAUACUUUUGCUUCACGUUGAUCAUCCACCUCCUGUCAACGUCUCACCCUCACACAUAUACACUCUCUCCCACACCCACAUCAUGUCUGACUUCUCCGGGCCCAGAAUCGCCAUCAUUGGCAUCGGCAAGGUCGGCGCCGCCGUCGCCUACUCCAUCAUCCACCGCCAAAUCGCCUCCGAGGUGCUCAUCCUGGACCUCAAGGAGGACUUCCAGGACGCGCAGGUGCAGGACCUGCGCGACUCGACGAGCUUUGGCGUCUCGCCGCGGGUGCGCCCCGGCACGUGGAAGGAGUGCGGCCAGUGCGACAUCAUCGUCUUCACCGCCGGCACGAACCAAAAGGCCGGCGAGUCGCGGCUGUCGCUGCUGCAGCGCAACCUGGGCGUGAUCCGCGGCGGCUUCGACAAGAUGGCGCCGUUCAAGGACGACGCCAUCCUCGUCAUGGUCACCAACCCCGUCGACAUCAUGACCUACUUCGCCGUCAAGUACUCGGGCCUGCCCGCCAGCCAGGUGUUUGGCAGCGGCACCAUCCUCGACACCACGCGCCUCAAGGACACGAUUGCGCAGCGCGCCCAGGUCGCGCCGCGCGCCGUGCACGCGUACGUCGUCGGCGAGCACGGCGACUCGCAGACCAUUGCCUGGUCCAACAUGGCCAUUGGCGGCAUCCCCGUCGACCAGGUGCUGCCGCUCGACCUGGACGAGAAGCACGAGGUCGCCGAGUUUGUCCGCUUCAAGGCCGACCGCCUCAACAAGGUCAAGGGCGAGACCUCGUUCGGCAUCGGCGCCGUCAUCUCCUCCAUCUGCACAUCCAUCCUGCUCGACGAGCGACACGUCCUGCCGCUGAGCCACUACCACGCCGACUACGGCAUGUGCUUCAGCAAGCCCGCCAUCGUCGGCCGCCGCGGCAUCGUCAGGUCGCUGGAUAUCCUCCUCGACGAGGAUGAGCAGGCCUCGUUGGAAAAGUCCAUCCACAAGCUCAAGACGGUCGCGUACGCCACGGAAAACCCCGAGCCCGUCAUUGCGAGCCGCCUAUAA